UUGAGCCGAAUUCAAGUUGAUUUUAUAGUAAUCUCUUAUCACAUUUCUUUUACACGAUCUUGGAAACAAAGAGAUUGUUGGAUUGUUGGUCAAUCUAUUACGCCUUCAAUCUCGGUACUUAUAGUUUAUCCAGUUGUCUGCACCAACACAUACCCGUAUAUCUCAAACUCGCCACUCUGAUUCUUAAUUCACAUAUCCAUCAACCAUGGAUACCGCCUCCUCUCUUUCCCUCGCAAAAGUCCUACUUCCCAAAAUGCCCAUGAUAGGCAAGACUCUCUUAUCACACACCCUUGGCCUCUCCCCCAAUUCAACACAUUGGGACCUCAAAACCGAACUCACAGUCAACAUCCUCCGAUCCUUCACAUAUGGCACCCUAAACCCCAUCUCCCGAACCCAAGCCGCUACGCUGCAUGAUCCUGGUAUCAAGGGUAGGAUUUGGGUCUCCAAAGUCACAUUAGCAGUUCCAUCAGAAGACGAUGUGCGUCAAAAGCUUUUUCAAGUAAUAGAAGAGGUGAAAGAUUCAGGGGCCUCGCAUCAUGACGGUGGUUUUAUAGAACCGGAUUUGUUGCCCGUAGAAGGCGAAUGGACAGGUUAUCGCGCCUUUUGCCCCAAAAGCGCCUCCAGAUUGCGAAUAUCAGAAACCCGACAAUACGCUGAAAUGAUGAAAGAAGUUACUUCUCCCGUGACAAUUCUCUAUUUACAUGGUGGCGCACAUUGGCUUUUGGAUCCAGCCAGUUAUCGUCAACCAAUCAAGAAAUUGGCUAAAUUAACAGGAGGACGAGUACUUUCCCUCCGGUAUCGACUUGCACCGCAGAAUCCAUUUCCGGCUGCUCUACUGGAUUGUUUAGUUGCGUAUCUAAAUCUACUAUUUCCACCAGCAGGUUCAUUACAUGCUGCUGUCUCUCCAGAAAAUAUUAUCAUAUCUGGCGAUAGCGCCGGAGGAAAUCUUGCAUUAUCACUUUUACUCGUACUCCUGCAUUUGAACAGAACAUCCCAACCAAUAACUUGGAACGGCGAAUCGCAUCUCAUACCACUUCCAGCAGGUCUAUCGCUAAGUUCACCCUGGACAGACCUCCUCUGCUCUUGUCCCUCAUUAGAAACAAAUAAAGCAUAUGAUUACAUACCUCCGCCCUCCAUCUUCCCCGCUCCUCAUUCCAUACCCUAUCCCAGCUGCCCUCUCUGGCCUACCCCCCCUCCCCGCUCAAAUAUCUACUGCGAAGACACCUUCCUCAUCCAUCCCCUCGUAUCUCCCUUGUCCGCAGGAGCCUCAGCAUGGAAAGGAAGUCCACCCAUCCUCUUCCAAAUCGGGACCGAGCAACUAGCCGAUGAGAGUAAAAUAUUGGCAGCUAGGAUGGCGAAUGUGGGCGUAAGCGUUAGAUGGGAGGAAUAUGAGUACAUGCCGCAUUGUUUCGCGCUUUUGUUACCUCAUUUGAGAGGUACGAAGAGGUGUUUUGAGAGUUGGGCGAGGUUUUGUGGGGAUGUUGGUGAGUUGCAAGGGGUGGAGAAAGGAGAGAAGAAGAGAGAGAUAACAACGAAUGGAGUGAAGAUUAGCGCGGACGGUGUAAAGGAGACGGAGGUUGAUGUGAAAGGAUUGUGGAAGGAGAGUGAUGAGGUUGUGCUGGAGAGGAUGAGAAACAGAGCGAGAGUUUUGGUUUCACUGGGGAAGGAGAUGGAUGGGAAUGGAAAUGAGGAUGUGAAUGGGGGAGGGAAUGAGAGAGCGAGGUUGUGACGUGAGGAUUUAGGGAUUAGAUGAGAUGAGAAUAAGGAAUAGAAUUAAUCAAUAAUCAACUAAGAAAAAUAUUUUGAUCAAUAAGGCCCCCGACAUAUUAAAGAUCAUCAAAAUCAGCAGUGCAUCACCAGAAAGAAACAACUCCAGUAUAUUGAUAUCUGAACCAAAUUCAAAAUUAUCAUCCUCAUCUAUCAUUGCGCUGUCUAUCUAUAUGUGAGAC